GGCCUGACCCAAAAUGUCCAACAUAGCGCCAUUUUUAUAUACAGAAUCUGGUAUACUGCCUGAAUGGGGUACUCCUGUUGACACACACACACAUUCACACCUUCCCCCCAUACAAUUGUUUUGGUUCAAUAUCAUAAAACAUUUAGGAGGAAGUAGCUGUAAAAACUUUUAUUAUUAAAUGUUCUACCUCGGUGGUUACCGGAAGUCAUUGUGCACAUUGUGGCUUGCUGGCUGCUUUCGUACCGGUUCAAAUUGCAGCUCGUUUCUCACUGCUGGAAGCUCGUCCAAAUUUCUCCGGUUUGCGGAGAAGGGAGGUGGUGCUGAACGUUUUCCUUCUUUUCGUUCAUUUACAAAUCCUGCUGCUUGCUAGAAGGUGGAAAAAUGGUUCUAGAUUUGGACCUGUUUCGCACGGAUAAAGGUGGUGAUCCUGAAAAAGUGAAGGAAACACAGGCGAAGAGAUUCAAAGAUGUGUCACUGGUGGAUAAACUGGUGCAAGCAGAUGCAGAAUGGAGAAAAUGUCGUUUUGUGGCCGACAACUUGAAUAAAGCCAAGAACCUGUGCAGCAAGACCAUUGGAGAAAAGAUGAAGAAGAAGGAGCCGGUGGGGGACGAUGACUCCGUCCCAGAACAGGCCCAGAACCUGGAGGAGCUGACGGCAGAGAUUCUCUCGGGCCUGACAGUGACUCAGAUUAAGCAGGUUCGGCUGCUGGUGGACGAGGCCGUGCAGAAAGGGGACAGUCUGCGGCUGAAGCUGGAGGAACAGAGGUUUGAGUACCUGCGCGAGAUCGGCAACCUGCUACACCCCAGCGUGCCAAUCAGCAACGACGAGGACGAGGAUAACCUGGUCGAGCGCACGUGGGGCGACUGCACGGUGCAGAAGAAGUACUCCCACGUGGACCUGGUGGUGAUGGUGGACGGGUACGAGGGCGAGAAGGGAGCCGUGGUGGCGGGGAGCCGGGGGUACUUCCUCAAGGGGCCGCUGGUUUUCCUGGAGCAGGCGCUGAUCCAGUACGCCCUGCAGACGCUGUACACGAAGAAGUACACGCCGCUGUACACGCCCUUCUUCAUGAGGAAGGAGGUGAUGCAGGAGGUUGCUCAGCUCAGCCAGUUCGACGACGAGCUUUACAAGGUUAUUGGGAAGGGCAGUGAACGUUCAGAUGACUCUUCGCUGGAUGAGAAGUACCUGAUCGCCACCUCGGAGCAGCCAAUCGCUGCCUUCCUGCGAGAGGAGUGGCUGAAGCCGGAGGACCUCCCCCUGCGCUACGCCGGGCUCUCCACCUGCUUCCGACAGGAAGUGGGCUCACACGGCCGCGAUACUCGCGGCAUCUUCCGCGUGCACCAGUUUGAGAAGAUCGAGCAGUUUGUGUUCUCCUCUCCUCAUGACAACAAGUCCUGGGAGAUGUUCGACGAGAUGAUCGGAACAGCGGAAGAGUUUUAUCAGUCUCUCGGGAUUCCCUACCGCAUCGUCAACAUCGUCUCAGGGGCUCUGAACCAUGCAGCCAGUAAGAAGCUGGACCUGGAGGCCUGGUUCCCCGGCUCCUCGGCUUUCCGGGAGCUGGUGUCCUGCUCCAACUGCACGGACUACCAGGCCCGGCGUCUGCGCAUCCGCUACGGCCAGACCAAGAAGAUGAUGGACAAGGCCGAGUUUGUGCACAUGCUCAACGCCACCAUGUGUGCCACCACUCGCGUCAUCUGCGCCAUCUUGGAGAACUACCAGACGGAGGAGGGCGUGGUCAUCCCCGAGAAGCUGCGGGACUUCAUGCCCCCCGGGCUGAAGGAGCUGAUCCCUUUCGUGAAGCCCGCCCCCAUAGACCAGGAGCUGUCCAAGAAGCAGAAGAAACAACAGGAAGGAGGGAAGAAGAAGAAGGAUGGCGAUCGCACUGUCCAGCACGGAGUGGAGAACAUGUCGAUCAACAAUUCCUAGAGUCGCCGAAUCACCAAAUCAGCCCCCCCCCACUCAUUCUGUCCCCCUGCCCCCUCAGAGCUACUGUCAUCAGACUUUACCUACAAUCCCCCACCAAAUCCUAGCCCAAUGCUGCACUGUGCUUGGAAUCCAUUGCACAGCACCUCCCUGCUCUCAGUGCUGGUUGGACCGGCCUUUCACUGGGAAAAGAGAGGAAGAGAAAGGCCUGCUGGGAGAUGUGGUUUUAAGGGCCAUGGUAAAAUUGGUUACUCUCUGGUCUGUUAGUCAUUCAUGGGAAAGGAUCCCCCCCAUGCUCUCAGCACAUCCAGAUCCCCUUAUCCUGUGAGCCUGGUAAGGAGUGGUGUUCCUUGGACAGAAUUUGGGAAGUCCAAUGUUAAUGUUAACCUCAAUCUAAGGUUUGUGCUUUAAACCUUGGCAGCAUCAAGCGGAGUACGUAAGUCCCUGCAGGUUAAAGAUGCUAAUAGACCAGAAGUGACAAACAGAAUGGUAACUCGAUUAUGUGCAUUGAUGGCCUUAUUUAAGUGCAGUAACGCGCCUCUGUGUGGGAAUUAGCCAAGGACCCCCCAGUUCUGCAGUUAUUCUUGUUGUAAAACUUUACGUCAAAUAGGUGAAAACAGGUGAAAUCAUGAAAUUAGGAACAGAAAUGCCAGCAGUCCCACAUGAUGCUAUCCAUCCCUCUCCUCUCUCUCCCUCCAUCCCUCUCCUCUGUCCAUAAAAUCAUCUGCUUCUCUUUAAGUUGUUGUUUGUGACGGUUUUGGCGCAUACUUGUAAUUAAAUAUAGCCGAAUCACUUUGAAGGGCAGUAAUGUUAAUCAUAAUAAAAUGUUCCAAGCUUAA